AUAGUGUCCCAGCAUCUAUGACAUACAGCUGUACCUGUUCCUGUUUUGCGUUCUGAAUACACGUUCAUGAAUACAUGAAUGUGUUUGUACUCCAGUAGCUCUCUACCUAGAGUAGGAGUAGUACAAUACAGAGUACAUGUACUUCGAGUAUGUAUGUACUGAUGAGUAGCUCCGACUUCAGCGGUUUCGUAGUCAACGGUAGAACCACCAAGCGCUGGGAGCGCAACGAGAGCACGAGAGCACGAGAGCCAAGUAUCAGGCAAACAGGCAAACUACUCAGCCACCUUAUCAAUGGAUCUUCGGUAAAUCUAUUCUUGACUAUCAAGCAUCAGGAAGGGUACCUUCUCUGUAAGAUCUCUAAACCAGUACCCGCUACCAAAAAAGCACAACAAUCAACAAAUGUCAUGUCAUUUUCGGUUUCUCGGCUACCGGUAGACUAUCCUAUAGAAAUCAGCAUGCAGGAGACACAAAAUUCUUCGGUCCACAAUAAAAGCAAUCUCUCCAUUUGGACUCCACUCGCAUUGAUUAUCCUUUCACCCUGCCCAUAGAGCUGAUUUUCUCGUUAUUAUUGCGGUAGUGAUCAACCAUGGCAAGUCAGAGUGCAGCCACCCAGCCCAUGCGAAGCGCUCUUUCAAGGACGGCGGCCUGUUGGCUCUUGCUGCUGCUUCUUUGCAGCCCCAGUAGUCAAGCUCAGACGACUAACACGAUGGAUCCUGUGGAAAUUUCCUAUGUCAUGGAACCCUUUGAGGCGCUUCAAGAGGAGUGGAUCCAACAGACCCCAGAGUCAUGGGACGUUACUCUCACGACGACCAACGAGGCUCUCUUUGGGAAUGCUUCCUUGCAAGUGGACUUUGUUCACGGCAGUGGUGGCAACGCAGACGACAACGCCGAAACGCUAACCUUGGGUUGGACCAGAGACCAAGGAGAACCUCCCCAUAACUGCCAUGGCAGUACCCAUCUUUCCUUGUGGUACAAGAUCAUCCCCACAGCCUCUGCGCGGGUAGCACAGCUACGAGUAGUGAUGCUCUCGGAUAAUGAUCAAGAGUACUAUCAUGAUACCUUUCCCCUAAAAGAGGAGACGUCGUGGCAGGAAUUCCGUGUGGAUAUUGAAAACCAGGACUUGAAACCUUUGCAUGCUAAUUUGACUUCUACGACGAAAUUGGAUUUGACCCGCUUGACAGGAUGGAGGCUGGAAGUGGGAGUCGUUGCCAACGAAGAAGACCCGGAAAACAACGCACAAGGAACCCUCUUGUUGGAUCAGUUGGCUUGUGUGGGAGGGGGAGAUUUGUUGGCAGCUCCCUUUCAUCUCAAUAAAAACAACAACCCAAACAUGGAUCCAUGGGAUUUUGCCAUUCAAGAAGGAAUCUGGGGUCAAUCAUUUCUUGAUUCCGAAUAUGCCCGCAAUGAAACCUCCAUUGCUUUGGAUGGUGCUGGUGUCAUGCAGGUCAAUUAUACCAUUGAACAGACAGAAUCGUGGGGUGGUCUGGUGGGCAUGAGCUUUAAGGCUCCUGCUAAUGCCUACUACAACUUGACGGGGGCCACACAUAUUGGUUGGGGCUUUCAAAGACGACAGCCCGCUUCUGUCGCCGGAAGAACCAACCUUCGCUUUAUUCUCAAGGAAGCCAGCCAUGCAUGCCACAACUGCAGCUUUGAAGACUGGGAAUGGUACUACAGCUUUCACUAUAUGCUGGAUGAGGAUGAUAAUGUGGAUGGUCUCGGAGAGGUUCUCAUGCCACUGGAAGGAGGUACAUCUUCGGAAAUGCCAUUUUGGCUCACGGGGUGGUCGGGUGCACUCGGUGAUGAACAAUUAGACGUUUCCUACAUUAGAGGCUUUGGACUGGAACUGAACUUGGAUAGCCAAGGUGGUCUCGGAUCCACCGUCUCGGGAGCCAUUGAUAUCUUCAACAUGACUGUUCUGAGGGCAUCCCCAGGUGAGCUGGAGGAAGCGGUGAACAUGGAGGAUGAGGGGCCUGCUGAGGUAGCCUACGUUCUGGAGCCUUUUGAGAGUAUGGAUGCAUAUUGGCUGACGCGGGAGAGUGGAGAUGAUGGGGAUGUUCUUAAUGUCACCUUUACAGCAGCCGACAAUUCUCUCUUUGGGAACUCUUCAUUGAGUGUCGAGUAUCGAUUUGGGGCCGCACUGGACACAACCAGAAAGAUGGAAGUGGGCCGUAUUGCGGCCGGGCCACCUUUCAAUUGCCACCGCGCCUCGUAUGUUUCCUUGUGGUACCGCAUGCUCGAAACAACUGAGUCUGGUCAAGCCGCAACGGCGAGAUUGUUGUUGUUGGAUUACGAUGAUGCAGGCUUUUAUGUUGAUCUGCCAGAGAUUGUUGAUCAAGGAUGGCGCGAGUUCAAAGUGAACAUAUCUGCAUUUCUUCUCAACGACGCGCCUGGAGGGACUUCAGGAGAUGCAAUAUUAGAUCUGAAACGUUUGCGGGGAUGGACAGUUGAAUUGCGAGGAUCCACCAUGGCCUCUGGUGUGAUCUUCCUGGAUCAACUUGCUUGUGUGGGAGGUGAAAAUAUGCUCGGGUCUGAGUUUUCACCUCCUGGUGAAAGUUGGAAUGGUGCAGUCAACGAAGGAUCGUGGACUGAGGACUUCUACAACUCGGAUUUGUCGGAAAGUGUAAGCAAGAUAGCGCUUGACGAUGGGAUCCUUGGGUUGGACUACACGAUAGAGCAGGUUGAAUCAUGGGGAGGAUAUAUUGCCUUCAUGAUGAAUGCACCAGAGCCAUCAUACUACAAUCUAUCUUCUGCCAACUUUCUGAGGUUUGGGUAUCGGAUACGAGAGGCCGCAUCGAUCCCUGGCCGGGCACACUUGCGUAUGAUUGUCGUAGAAAACAGCCAUGGAGAUGAAGAACGGUACUACAAUUUCAAUUAUGUUCUCGAUGAGAACCUGGCGGUUGGAGACAUCGAGAUCCCCCUGGAAGGCAGUGCAGAUCCUUCAUCUCCUUUAUGGCAGACUGGGUGGUCCGGUGGGGUGGGCAAUAGUCAAUUUGACAAGAGUCACAUCAAGGGCUUCACUUUUGAGCUGAGCAUGGACUCCCAGGGCGACCUCGGGUCUACUGCCUCUGGAGCGAUCGAUCUGUUUGGCUUGACUACGCCACGCGCCGCAUCUAAAAUGGCGGACAACAGCAUUCUUGAUUUCGUCCGGAUCGUUGAGGAGCCUGGCGUGACUUUUUCACAAAUAUCCCCACGGUUCCGACGGCAAGAAUUCAAGCACAGCGAGUGUCAGGAAACCUGCGCGUCAGACCCAAGUUGUAAUUAUGCUCUUGCCAACGGACAAGAUUGCUUCACAGCUUCAACAUUGGAAGCAGGAGAUGUGUUGGUUGCCAAUACCCCACUUCUACAAGAUGACGUGACUGCUUUCUGGGUUGAUGACGUGACAAGACGUGGAGAUUACUGUGACCUAUGUGAUUGUCACGGUCUUGAUCAAACUAUCGACUGUCGCAACAAGGAUCUAAUUGCUGUUCCCAAGACCUUUAGCUUGGCUUGGAAACCUCGAGUAUUGGACUUGCGUAACAACUCCCAACUUGUGCUUCUGGGAGCUGGGGCACUGGAUGGUUUGGCAGAAUCACUCGAGGUGCUGUGGCUCCCGAGCGCAGUUCGUCACAUAUCACCCGGUAGCUUGACAGGGCUUCCCUAUCUGUCUGUUGUACAUUUCGAGCCAGAGGGCCACAAAUCGAACGUGAUUUUGGAAUCAUCUCAGGCUUUCGAUGACGUCUGCUGUUCAAUAGGUCAACAUAUUGACCUUUCCGUUCCAAUGAAUGGGUUCACCUUCUGUGACAUGAAAGUGAAGCGGCCGGGUUCCGACUCUACAUUCUUGGAUUUUGUCCAGUUCGAGGAUGGCAAUUCGUUUGCUCAGAUUCGACCAAACUCGGACUUCAUGGCCGAGGCUGCCGAAAGCCCGGAGAAAUGUGCUGAGUACUGUGCUAUAUCCAGCGAAUGCGCUUUCUAUAGCUACGAUGCAAGAUGGCACAAUGCUGCACACAUAUGUUAUCAUAUGAAAGGAGCGAAUGGGACCAUGCCAGAACACAACAAAGUCUGCUGCGAGAACGAGCACUACGCUGAUGAAGGGCUCACGAUGCCCGGUUGGACAUCUGGGAUGCCCCCUCGCACGCGCCACGAUCUUGACAACGCCAGGGUGCAGAUUGAGCCAGGAAAUCUUGUCGCAGACUUUCGUAAUGGUUAUGAGGUUGAGUAUACUGUAUCCCUGGGUUCAACGCCACUGAGAGGCGCGGUGUGGGUAGAACCUAGAAUGUCAUCGUCGGCUAAGGUCGACAUUUCAUUUUCGCCGACUCGAGUGAUAUUGUAUGGUGCGAACACAACAGCGACGGUCAAAGUUUCCAUAUCGUCGGAAGCGAUUUCCGAUUUCAGCUCGACCCUUCUGAUCACGAACAAGAUAACAUCAUGUGAUGCGGCUUUCAUGCACUUAUCCGACGGCGAUUUGGCAAACGAUUUGAACGUUUUCAUUGACGUUGUCACUCCGAAGGAAGAAAGCGGUUCCAAUCUUGCUGUGCCCGUCACGAUUACAUUGGCCAUUGUAUGUAUGGCAGGCCUCGCUGUGCUUGUCUAUUUUGAAAGGAAACGUAAAUCACAUGACGCGGUGUGGCAGGUGAAGGAGGAAGAGCUGAAGUUUGCCGAUCCGCCGGAUAUCGUUGGGAGGGGAAGCUUCGGGCUUGUAUUGAGAGCUACGUAUCGAGGCACCGCGGUUGCUGUCAAGCGAGUGAUACCACCAAGACGCACAGACAUCGAUAACAGCAGUCAUCGUUUUGGGAGUGGGCAAGAUGCAUACCAAAGCAUUGACGGACACAUGCGGUCUUACAGCAAGCCAAACAGCAAGCCAAGAGGCGCUGAUUCGAUGCCUUCGUUGCUGGAGGGCAAAGCACUGCUCAAGCUAAGCUUCCUUUCAGGCCCAAGCGGCAGAGAUGUGGCAGAAUGGAGAAAGCGGAGGCAAGCAUUCGUCAAGGAGAUGAGGUAUCUUUCGAAGCUGAGACAUCCAUGCAUUACCACCGUGAUGGGAGCCGUCAUCGAUAGCAAGUCGGAACCUAUGCUUGUAAUGGAGCUGAUGGAGCACGGGUCGCUGUAUGACUUGCUUCAAAACGAGACGCUCGUAAUGGAAGAAGAACUGCGAAUUGCACUGAUGGCAGACGUAACUCAAGGGAUGCGAUUCCUCCACGCUGCCAACGUGAUCCAUGGCGAUUUGAAGGCCGCCAACAUCCUUGUAGACAAGAACUUUCGAGCCAAGGUCGCCGAUUUUGGGCUUUCGUCGCACAAAGACCAUGGUAGGGCAACAGGAACACCCUUGUGGAUGGCACCGGAAUUGUUGCGCGGUGAUUGUGGCAAUUCCACCGCCAGCGACGUUUUCUCUUUUGGCAUAAUCCUGUACGAAUGUUGGAGUCGGAAAGAGCCGUACGAAGGAGAGCAGCUUUUCGAUGUGCUGCGACUUGUUACGGAUAGAACGGUUCACAAGCGACCUCCAUUUCCUGAUGAGAUGCCUGCUGUGGUGCGCUCUUUGAUGAGUGACUGCCUGGCCGGUCCACCAGAACGGCGCCCAAGUUUUGAAGAACUUGAUCAACGUGUUGGCCGUGUCAACGUGGAUAGCACGGACGGGACGCCAAGUCGACCUCGGCGUUCCUCUGUCAACGCAAACACUACUACUCUCUUCGACAUCUUCCCCCGCCACGUGGCCGAAGCACUUCAAGAUGGGAAAAAGGUGGAAGCUGAGCACAAGGACUGCGUCACUAUCUUUUUCAGUGACAUUGUUGGUUUCACAAACAUCUCCACUUCCCUUGAGCCCCACAAAAUUGCCUCCAUGUUGGAUCGAUUGUACACGAAGCUUGACGAACUUUCUCAGCAGCAUGACAUUUACAAGGUGGAAACGAUCGGCGACGCCUACAUGGCCGUUUCAAACUUGAUCAAGGACCAGCACGAUGACCAUGUCAAGCGGAUUGCACUGUUUGCAGUUGACGCAGUUGAUGCCGCUAAUACUGUCAAAAUUGAUCUGGACAACCCUGCUAGAGGUUGCGUUCAAAUUCGAUGUGGUUUCCACUCGGGACCUGUUGUAGCCGACGUAGUUGGAUCCAGGAAUCCACGAUAUUGUCUUUUUGGUGACGCUGUCAACACUGCCAGUCGCAUGGAGAGCAAUGGACAGGGUGGGCGAAUCCACUGUUCCAGGGCAUCGGCGGAGUUGCUCGAGGCUCAACUUCCACAAAUGGCAAUGAACGGACGUGGCGAGAUUCACGUCAAGGGAAAGGGCAUGAUGGAGACCUUCUGGUGCAACGAAGAAGGGAUGCGUCCCUCUGAACAAUUCCCGAACUCUCACACUGUGCAACCCCACAAGAACAAGUCAAUGAGAUUUCUGAAUCCUAUUAGGGGGAGCGCCAAUCGGGGGAGCGCCAAUCGAAGGCAAGCUUCAAUGAGAGGCAGCGGGACCGAGGAAACGAGCAAUGGUGAAGUCGGGGGUACAACAGUGGGUGUGGAAACGAGCCUUUCUCUGGCAGAGGCAGGGCGAGCCCCAACUACUUUCAAUCUUUAGCUAGACGGUCGACUGGAGCGAGUGUUCACUCAUUCAAGUGUGGGUCAGUCCCCCCUUAAUACAUUACCGCAGAGGUGGCAAUACGGAGAGAACAAUCUUAAGCUCGGGCUAGGAGCAGCAUCAGGCAUGCGAAUGAUCGCCCGCACGUACGGUAUGUUGAGUUCCUCCCGCAGGUCGUAGACCCCGCCGACGAUCAGCCCCCUCAGGAUACAUUUGUUUGCCGUGCAAAGUUAAAACCUAUAAAUUCUUAUAUAAUGAACAUACAUGCGUCCCUCAAAACGAGGGCUGUGUAUGAUAUACUGCUUCUUUACAACCGAUCAUGCCUGCCGCUUGAACCUGUGCUGCCCACUGGUGAACCAACGAAGCGCGUGGGAGGUGAUCGGUUCGACGCCGGUGCCUGGCGGAGAAAGUCCAACAGGUAUUGGAACCGAUCUGGCUGGAUGAUCGGGAGAGAUUCUUCUACCCCUUCGGAGGAUGCCACUGACGAAUGCUGAGACACUGCAUCAUCCAGAGACGUCGUUUCCAGAGCAGCUGAAUCCACUCUGCUUCUUGGAGGUUUGGGAAAGGCGACGGGAACAGGCGACGGCAUGAUCCUGGCGAGGGAAAGGUCCAGUGGCAAGUCAUCUCGAUGCUGCUUUCGUUUCUUCCUUUGACGUUCAUCGCAAGUGUCGUUCCUGAGGCUCAUGGGAUCCUUCGGCCAUGGACAUGAUGAUGCAACGGAGGAUCUUUUCUUGACGGGACCUUCACUGCUGUCCUCCUCGGUAAUG